AUGCGCACGACUAGAAGAUGUCUCCUAGUGCUGGCUGCGGUGACCGUCAUCGCGCAACUAGUGGAAGUGGUACAGCCGUUUAUGCAACGAGAAGCUGCUCUAUAUCGAGCCAUCGCAAGCCGGAAUGCAGCAGCCAAGAGCAGUGCCCGGCCUCUGCGGAAGCAAAGGCCGCCUGCCAAACGAAAAAGAAGGGGAGGCAGAGUUAUCGCAACGAUACAUGACAAUCACGCUCGUGACACUGGGAGUCAGGAGCACGUCGGUGAGCCGGCGACGGUGAAUAUCGGCUUGCAUGAAGGUACUGUAUCACCCAGUCAAGAAGCGGAGCCUGGUAAUCAAAAUGAGGUCGCGACGCAUAAUGACCCCAACGACGGUGAUAACACCGAUGAGUCGGCAUGUGAAGGGUCAAUGUUAUACGGUGGGAUGCCAGAGGAAGCAAUGCCCUCCGGCGGUACCGACGACAGCGGCGGCGGGUCAAACCUGCACAAUAGGCUCAUAGAAGGCACCGAAUAUCAGCUUCACAUACCGCCUAUCGCCAACUUUAAGCCACAAAUGCGGCUUGCGUUCACCAAACCCGAGGUGUAUGCGCAGCACGUGCCCGAGGAACCGAUGGACACCACCAACGGCGAGUACGCGAAGGGGCCACUGCAACUGCACGAGAUGCCGGCGCUUGGGCAGAUACCGGAGUUCAGGCACAGUUCAGACGUCAAUGGCAUCACCCCCGGCAAAUCGGAGCUCUUCACUUGGAAGGUCGAACGGCCGCCCGACGUAUUCAUCAUAAACUGGUCCGGGGUGGCUCACACGGGAUUCCGGGACGGCGUCGUGGUGGCUGCUCGCGCUAUUUUGGACUUUACGGGCGAGCAGCCACUGGAUGUGCAGCAGUUUCUCGAGUCCGUCGCGGAGCGCCGCAGCCUGCCCAUCUGGCUGGCCACGAGGGCGCGCUAUGCACAGCCCUUCCUAGACUCGGCGGCUGAUUGGAUCCCUGCGCUCCAACAUUUCAUCAACAACUGCAAUGACCAGGAUAUGCUCGAAAAGGUUCACACGGUCGAAGCGCUCGCUGCAACUGAUGCAAACCCGCUCGACAUUUUGAAACACAUCACCGUGGGCGGCGACCCCAACGAGCUGGUGGACCUGGGGUCGCCACAGCGUGAGUCGAUGGGCAUUGAGGCCUUCGAACUUGAGGGUUGGAAAGCAGACGGGGCGCGCUAUAGCGAUAUGGUUUCCACGUACGACAAGAUCCUCAAACAGCUUGGCAUCGACAAGUGUAGCCUGGAUCAGCACUUCCAGGACGCUUGGAGCAAACUGUGCGCAGACCGAGAGGCGUGGCUGGACACGGUGCUGUACCGAACGAAUUGCGCCGCAUUAGAUGCCGCGCAGAGGCGCAACCACGAGUCGUACAACUGCGCGGUCGUGGGCGCGAUUAAACACCAUCUUGAGGUUUUCCAGAUGCCAGUCUACCUGGUAUCGGAUGUCAAAACCACAGCUAUGGUAAUGAGCGAGCUCGAGUCGCUGCAAAUCAAACCGCUGCACGCGGGUGACGUGUACGGUCGGGACCGUGGCACGCCCACGGACAGCGUGAGGGCGCUCUUGGCCGACCUCCAACUUGACCCACGUGUCCCCGUGCACUACUUCGAUGACCGGCUGGCGACGCUCGAUGCCAUAAACUCGAGCGAUGACCUGCGCCACGUGAGAACGUAUUUCGUCGACUGGGGGCGCUCAACGCUGUCCGAGAAGCUAGGGUCCCUCUACGCAGACAGGUUAGCCGCGUUGUGUGAGAAAUGA